UGCUAUAUGGGAAGGGAAUUGUAACCUCUGUAGUAACCAGUAUGUCUGGUCUCAACACGUCAGGCAACAGGCUUGGUCUUUAGAGGGAUUACCUUUGAGGGCUGGGAUAAGGUGUUCUUGGUAACUUCCUACUUCUCUGUCAGCUCUCACUGCCUCACCAAGGAAACAGGAGUCAGCAUUGUCUCCCAUGGAAAACCUGCAGUGUUUUAUCAAGAGUGGUGGUACUUGCUGAAAGCAUCACUGUAGACAGAAAGCUAAAAGAGUGAAGGUACUAAGAGGUGCUGGGAUAACUAGAAUGGGGAUAAAUAGGAAAUACAAUAAAGGAAUGUGAGAUUCUCUUCAUGUCAGAAAAAAUCCUGCAUGUCUGGAGAAACUGCCUGUUAAAGAGGGUUUUGCUUGAUGGCUUACAACUGCACUCCAAAAAGGACACUGUGCUGUGUGCUUUGGUGAAGUAGAAGAUAUUGUACCUGUCCUCAAGAAAUUUGCCAUUUAGUUGAGGAGACAAGCAUAUUGUGUAGUGCAUAGAGUGCUGGACUUGGAGUCAAGAAUAUCUGGGUUUCAGUCCUGAUACCGAAACUUACUAGCUGUGUGACCUUGGUGGUGCUACAUAGGAGAAAAACAUGGAAUGCUACAAUCUUUGAGCAAUCAAAAUUGUGGAUGACCUAAGGAACAGUGAAGAGACACAGUGGAUAAAAUGAGUUUGGAGGAAAAUUGAUGAAAUCCCAUUCAGUGAUCUCCAACAACCUCUGAGAGCAAAGUCUGGACCAAAGUUGAAUCAUCUCACCAAGGGAUUUCAGAGUGACUACCUCUGGUGAGAAGAGAAAGAUGUAGUUUUCUCAUCCAGUUAAGUUUUAAUCCCUGACAUAUCAUCAUCAGAAUUCCAUCAAGAAGGAUACAGUUGUUGACAUAGACAUAUGGAAGAACCAAAAGCCACAUAAAGAUGGAUAAACUGAGGCACAGAGAAAUUAAGUGACUCCCCCACGGUUUUACAGCCUAAGAGGAAUAGGAUUAGACCUCAGAGUUCCUGACCCCCAGACCUGUGUCCUUCAUAUUGAGCCACCACGCUGCCUCCCUACUUAAGAGAAAAUACUUUCUAUAAGAUGGAGGUGGAUGCCGACGAGAAACGCCAUCGCACACGCUCCAAAGGGGUUCGAGUUCCCGUGGAACCAGCCAUACAGGAGCUGUUCAGCUGCCCCACUCCUGGCUGUGAUGGUAGCGGUCACGUUAGUGGCAAAUAUGCAAGACACAGAAGUGUUUAUGGCUGUCCUUUGGCUAAAAAAAGAAAAACACAAGAUAAGCAACCCCAAGAACCUGCUCCCAAAAGAAAGCCAUUUGUGGUUAAAACCGACAACUCCUCAGUAGAUGAAUGUUAUGAAACGGAUGGAACUGAGGAAAUGGAUGAGAAAGAAGAAGAGGAGGAGGAGGAAUACUCUGAUGACAAUGAGGAACAAGGGGAAGAGGAUGAAGAUGAUGAAGAGAUAGAUCGAGAGGAAGAGGAGGAGAUUGAAGAAGAGGAAGAAGAUGAUGAAGAAGAAGGAGAAGAUGUGGAGGAUGAAGAAGAGGAAGAAGAAGAGGAGGAGGAAGAAGAGGAGGAGGAAGAAGAGCAUGAAGAUCAUCAAAUGAAUUGUCACAAUACUCGAAUAAUGCAAGACACAGAAAAAGACGAUAACAAUAACGAUGAGUAUGAUAAUUACGAUGAACUGGUGGCCAAGUCAUUGUUAAAUCUGGGCAAAAUUGCUGAGGAUGCAGCAUACCGAGCCAGGACUGAAUCAGAAAUGAACAGCAAUACAUCCAAUAGUCUGGAAGACGAUAGUGACAAAAAUGAAAACAUGGGUCGAAAAACUGAGCUGAGUUUAGAUUUAGACAGUGAUGUUGUUAGGGAAACUGUGGACUCCCUUAAAUUACUAGCACAAGGACAUGGUGUAGUGCUUUCGGAGAACAUUAAUGACAGAAAUUAUACAGACAAUAUAUCACAGCAAGAUAACAGAAACAUGAACUUUGUAAUGCUAGGGAAACCUAUGAACAAUGGACUUAUGGAAAAAAUGGUAGAGGAGAGUGAUGAGGAAGUAUGUCUCAGCAGUUUGGAGUGCUUGAGAAACCAAUGUUUUGAUCUUGCUAGGAAACUCAGUGAAACAAAUCCACAGGAAAGAAAUCAACAGCAAAACAUGAACAUCCGUCAACAUGUCAGACAAGAAGAUGACUUUCCAGGAAGAACACCGGAUAGGAAUUACUCUGACAUGAUGAACUUAAUGAGGCUUGAAGAACAGUUAAGUCCCAGAUCUAGAACUUUUGCUAGCUGUGCAAAAGAGGAUGGGUGUCAUGAAAGAGAUGACGACACCACCUCUGUUAAUUCAGACAGGUCUGAAGAAGUAUUUGACAUGACCAAGGGUAAUUUAACCCUUCUUGAAAAAGCUAUUGCUUUGGAAACUGAGAGAGCAAAAGCCAUGAGGGAAAAAAUGGCAAUGGAAGCUGGCAGAAGGGAUAAUAUGAGGUCAUUUGAAGAGCAGCCUCCAAGACAACUUCCUGGGGAGGAGAGAAAGCCUAAAACCAGUGACAGCCAUGUCAAAAAGCCAUACUAUGGUAAAGAUCCCUCAAGAACAGAAAAAAAAGAAAGCAAGUGUCCAACCCCCGGCUGUGAUGGAACUGGCCACGUAACGGGGCUUUAUCCUCAUCAUCGCAGUUUAUCCGGAUGUCCUCACAAAGAUAGGGUUCCUCCAGAGAUUCUUGCCAUGCAUGAAAAUGUUCUCAAGUGUCCUACACCAGGCUGCACAGGGCGCGGGCACGUAAAUAGCAACAGGAACUCUCACCGAAGCCUCUCUGGAUGCCCUAUUGCUGCAGCAGAAAAACUGGCGAAAGCUCAAGAAAAACACCAGAGCUGUGAUGUGUCAAAAUCCAACCAGGCGUCAGAUCGAGUUUUAAGGCCGAUGUGCUUCGUAAAGCAACUAGAGAUCCCUCAAUAUGGCUACAGAAACAAUGUCCCCACAACCACACCUCGCUCCAACUUGGCCAAGGAACUAGAGAAAUAUUCCAAGACGUCGUUUGAAUAUAACACUUACGACAAUCAUACUUAUGGCAAGAGAGCCAUAGCCCCCAAGGUGCAAACCAGGGAUAUAUCCCCCAAAGGAUAUGAUGCUAAACGGUAUUGCAAGAACUCCAGCCCCACCAGCAGCACGACGAGCAGCUAUGCCCCCAGCAGCAGCAGCAACAUGAGUUGUGGAGGCGGCAGCAGCGCCAGCAGCACUUGCAGCAAGAGCAGCUUUGAUUACACGCACGACAUGGAGGCAGCACACAUGGCUGCCACGGCCAUCCUGAAUCUGUCCACGCGCUGCCGGGAGAUGCCUCAGAACCUCUCCACCAAACCUCAGGACCUCUGUGCCCGGAAUCCUGAUAUGGAAGUUGAUGAAAAUGGAACUUUGGAUCUAAGCAUGAACAAGCAGAGACAACGAGAUGGGUGCUGUACCAUUUUGACACCUCUAGAGCCAAUGUCACCACAGCGACAGGCAGUGAUGAACAAUCGGUGUUUCCAGCUGAAUGAGGGUGACUGCUGGGACUUACCAGUAGACUACACCAAAAUGAAACCCAGAAGGAUAGAUGAAGAUGAUUCCAAAGAGAUUAAUCCAGAAGAUUUGGAUCCUUUCCAGGAGGCACUAGAGGAAAGAAGGUAUCCUGGUGAAGUGACCAUUCCCAGCCCCAAGCCCAAGUAUCCUCAAUGCAAAGAAAGCAAAAAGGAUUUAAUAACUCUCUCUGGCUGCCCCUUGGCUGACAAAAGCAUUCGCAGUAUGCUGGCCACCAGUUCACAAGAGCUCAAGUGCCCCACUCCCGGUUGUGAUGGCUCUGGACAUAUUACUGGCAAUUAUGCUUCUCAUCGAAGUCUUUCAGGUUGUCCAAGAGCAAAGAAAAGUGGAAUCAGGAUAGCACAAAGCAAAGAAGACAAAGAGGAUCAAGAGCCCAUUAGAUGUCCAGUUCCUGGUUGUGAUGGUCAGGGUCAUAUAACUGGAAAGUAUGCAUCCCACCGCAGUGCGUCAGGGUGCCCUCUAGCAGCCAAAAGGCAAAAGGAUGGGUACUUAAAUGGCUCCCAGUUCUCUUGGAAGUCAGUGAAGACGGAAGGUAUGUCAUGUCCCACUCCAGGAUGUGAUGGCUCAGGACACGUCAGUGGUAGUUUCCUUACACACCGCAGUCUAUCAGGAUGUCCACGAGCCACAUCAGCCAUGAAGAAAGCAAAGUUAUCAGGAGAACAAAUGCUAACAAUAAAGCAGCGGGCCAGUAAUGGUAUAGAAAAUGAUGAAGAAAUCAAACAGUUAGAUGAAGAAAUUAAAGAGCUAAAUGAAUCCAAUUCCCAGAUGGAAGCUGACAUGAUUAAGCUCAGAACUCAGAUUACCACAAUGGAGAGCAACUUGAAGACGAUAGAAGAGGAGAACAAAGUAAUUGAACAGCAAAAUGAGUCUCUUCUUCAUGAACUGGCUAAUUUAAGCCAGUCUUUAAUUCAUAGUCUAGCUAAUAUCCAGCUGCCACAUAUGGAUCCAAUCAAUGAACAAAAUUUUGAUGCUUACGUGACUACUUUGACGGACAUGUAUACAAAUCAAGAUCGUUAUCAGAGUCCAGAAAAUAAAGCCCUACUGGAAAAUAUAAAGCAGGCUGUGAGAGGAAUUCAGGUCUGAACAGCUGCUGUAGUGAUGAAAAUCAUGCUUAAAAAAAAGGAUGCCUCUUGUUUUUUGCUGCUGUAACUUACCAGAAAGUGUUAUAUAUUUAUUUCUGUUGGAAACAGUGUUAUGCUUACAAGACUUCAUAAUGAUUUUAUGUCUUGCUUUAAAGAUAGUAACUGCAGACUAGUUUUUUGAAUACAUUCACAUUUUGUACGUUUUCAUAUAAGCUAACAUAGUGUGAUAUGCCAUGUAAUGUUUAUAGCUGCUAACGUAUGCACAUUUUUGGGGUAUAUAUAUUUCUGAAGAGGUAAGCUGAUCAAAAUAAAUAGAGUGUAAAUUCUUUUUAAUGCUUUAGUG